AUUUCAUAGGCUCAUCUUCCUCUUUCUGCUUUCUCUUGCAUCUCAAGCGACGCAGGUAUCAAUCUCGAUCUACCCUCACCAAUCAGUCGGUCUCAUGCUAUGCAGCAGAAGCCAUCAAAACCACAUCUACGUGCAUGAAGCAUGGUUCUCCCUUCCUCGCUCAGUCGACCUUGCUCUCUCUCUUUCCCUCUCCCUCCUCCAUCUUAUUCUCGCCUCCUCUGUUUAUCCUGUUUCUGACAUUCCAAUCAACCCGACGUUGGCCUGGUUAUGCCGUGUUAUGUAAACAGUCGAACCACUCGUGUCGUCUGGAUCAGAGCAAAUCAUCUCAUUUGUCCUUUGUCUUGAACCCUUUCGGAGUAUCUAUCCCUUGCAGUCCACACAGUCCUCCUCCGUACUUGGGGCCAUGCAGGAACCAAGCACUUUUACCCACUCUGCAAGCAUGCAGUUUCAGGAACGGAGCGACAGACUAGUCACGACCCGCUUCGUGCUUUCAAGAAG